AUGGUGAAGCCGACAGUUCGGUCCAAGUCUGUGAAUGCCACACCGGAGAUUGUGAAGAGAUGGGAUGCAGGGGGUGAUUUAAAGAAUGAUCUUAUCCGCACAAUGAUGAAAUGUGAUGGAAACAAGGAUGUGUGGAAGCGCACGAUCGAGAUUCAGAUCAUCAAGAGUAAGACCAAUAAGAUUACGAUCGUGCAGCGAAUCAAGAAGGUCAUCAAGUUUUGCACCAACCCCAAGCGCAUCAAGACCCACACAAGGAGAGACAAGUACGAGAAAGGCAAGGUCGAGUAUUGGGUGGAGGAGGAGACCAAAGGCAGCUACGAGCUGCUGCAGUCAGAGGCAUGGAGCGACAAGCGGCAGAUCGAGAUCGACGAAGAUGAUGACCGGGCCGAGGGCACGGACCAUGAGAGCGAUGAUGCUGAUAAUGAUAGUGGAGAAUCCUCAAACUCGAGCAACAGUGCCUCUUCAUCCAGUGCAAAGAAGACAAAGAAAGGCAAGCGCAGCAAAGCAAAGAAAAGCAAGAAGGACAAAAAGUCAAAGAAGUCAAAAAGUGUUAAGAAGAAGAAGAAGAACACCCGAAGCAAAAGCUCCCCAUCCUCAAAGUCCGGAAGCCCAAAGAAAGCCGAGCUUGAAGAGGAAGCCCGAGCCGAGGCGAUCGAGAACGCCGGCGAGGUCAUGGACCAGCUCCUUCGUGCCCAGACGAAGGUGGAGGCUUGUGCGGGCAAGCUUGAGAAGUUGACGUGUGACAAAUCCAAGUGUGCCAGAUUCAGCAUGGAGGAGACCAAGCUGAGGAGGACGUUGCUGAAGAAAUCCACUUCGAAGGCUGAGCUGGCUAAGGGGGAGAAGGUAAGCGAGAAGCAUGCUUGCAAAAUGGCUUCAGCUAUGUACAAAGAGUUACAGGCGCCUGAGCCGAUGCCUUCCAUGGGGUUUCUGAAAGAGUUGGACAGGCUGCAUUCCACUGGCCAUGAGCCCAGGUUGCCUAAAACUUUGGAGCAACAUGGGUUGCAAGCCCCUGUACCUGUGACUUACAAAAAGAUUGGUUUCAAGGAAGCCCAUCCUACAUUGCCGUUGCGAUCUAUUCUUGAGACAUUCAACCGUGUCGGCAGGAUUGAUCAUCUGUUGGUGGGAAAUGGUCCUGCUGAAUUGCGAAGCUUUUGGUAUAAUUAUCAAAAGCUCCACCCGCAGCAUGAUAUAUUCAAUGACCAUGCUACCCGCCUGCAUGCCUGUGUGCCCAUGAUGCUACAUCUGGAUGAGGGUACUUCCCUCAAGAAAAAGGGGAUCAUGGUACUAUCGGUACAGCCGGUUUGUGGCAGGGGCUCCAGGCAAAGCAGCAGCACAAGCACUGGUAUCAACUUCACCGGCAGCACCUUCUGCACUCGGUUCUUGUAUUCCGUGCUGUUGGCAAGGACUUACACCAGGAAGAAAAAAAUCUUAUACGAUUUGCUGCAGCACUGGACUGAUGAUCUCAACGAUUGCUACCAGAACGGGAUACAGAUCGAUGGGAUUCCCGGGCUAUCGAGGGUCUGGCCUGUUGUCAUUAAUUGCAAAGGCGAUUGGCCAGCUCUGACCAAAGCUGGCCGUCUUACAAGACAUCAUCUGAGAGAUGCUCCUGUGAGCGGUUCUCCGCCCGGGAUCUGUCAUCUUUGCAGGGCCGGCCAAAACAACCAUCCCUGGCACGAGUUUGAGUCGAGCGCGAAGUGGCUCCAUAGUGACGUUCCUGUGCCCUGGACGGUUCCUAGCCCGUUGGCACAGCUUCCGCAAGAUCGUGGCAAUCUCUCUGCGUUUUACUGCAUUGAUUUGUUCCAUGCCGCACACAAGGGUGUGGUCGGAGACUAUGCUGCAUCGGCUAUGGUGACAUUGCUCGAUUACGACAUCGUCGGCACCGGUAGACUGCCCCAACGCUUGGAAGGUCUCUUCGACGAGCUUCGAGACUGGUGCAAGUCUGCUGGCCACAAUUUGCAUAUGCGGUGGUUCAAAGGAAACGACACCACGAUCAUUAUGAAAUAUUUGGAAUGGAGGUACAAGCAGGCUCUAGCUGAUUGUAAUUCCGAGCUCGAGAAUGUGCUGACGCCCAUCUUUAAUGGACUUGUGGCGAUGAACGUGUUCAUGCGAUCGGUGUAUGCUCAGCCGCUGUGGGUAAUGCCUGAAGUCUCUGGGAAGAUGGCCAGGCAAGGAAUGAUCUUCUUGAGAUCUUUCCGUGCUGCGGCAGCGCAUGCUCUGAGCCUGGGACGGCCGCGAUUCAAGUAUAUGCCAAAAUUCCACCUGAUGGCUCACCUUAUCCAUUCGCUCCGAAAGAACGCCAGCGACGGUGUUCUGGGCUUAAACAUCCUGGCCUUUUCGUGUCAGAUGGAUGAAGAUUUCAUCGGCCGUGUGGCUGGCCAGUCUCGCAACGUAUCGAUCCGCACAGUGCAUGAUCGCACUGUGCAGCGCUACUUGCUCAACUUAGCGUUGCGAUGGUGA